AUGGCUGUUGUCAGUGAUCGAUCCCGUAUCUCGGUGUCUCCCUUUGGAGACCCAAUUUCAGUCAGCACGGCGGAGUUCCGAGCAGUAACUCAUGAGCCAACAAUGGCUGACGACGACAUCGUCAUGUCGGACUCGUCGGCGAUCUUCAAUGAUUCACCCAUGCAGGAGGCCAGUCAUACCUCCUUCCGCCCCGCCGAGAACUUGCAGUCCGUGAUUGACCUGACAUGUGACGAUGAAAGCGAUCAAGCCAUGGAGGAAUUGACCUCUAACAUGGCAAAUGUUGCGGCUCCCUCCGCCAUCGCCCCCGGCGACGACUCAGCGAGUGACCGGUCUUCCUCCGGCCAUUCUUCUUUCGUCAGUAACCAGUCCGUCAGCUGCAGCCCAACGCCACAGACAGCGCAGCAAGGAAUAAAAAUUGGGGGUAUCGUUUUAAAAGCCGGAAUAUCCUUGGAGCUUGAUGAUGGCUCUUUCAUGCGUGUCGAGGAUGUGAUUCCUCAGCCUCAUGACCUACGGUUUUUCGGCCGGCGUCUUUACCGGACGACUCAUCCAGAAGCGAAGACGUAUUUGCCAAAACUCAAUGAUGAGUUGGUCUGGCUCACCCAGAACACAGACCACGUCAGCGUUAAGAAAGUCAGGCGGGUUGUGCCCAUUCGAUUCACCAACUAUCGCACGGACUUCAACCACCUCGCACCGGGAGAAGUCCUGACUUGCCGAUUGAAGCUCACCAUUCGCCAGAACGGAGUCGUCAUCAUUCCUGGUAAUGCACCUUUGAGUGCAGAGCAGUGUGCAAUUGAAUGGCUGACAUGUGCCGAAUCAGACCUAGGACUUGGCAAGCCUGCGAACCAGCUACGUGCCGAAUGGAGAGGCCAGACUGUGCCUUUCGGUGAGGCUAGGGCGUCUUCUAUGGCUAGAGAUCUUGAACGAGAGGGCGUCAUUGAUCUGACUACUCCUGAACGUGCAUACACCUUUGGUGAUGCUUACUGUGGUGCUGGUGGUGUGUCUUGCGGGGCCAAGCAGGCCGGCGUGAAGCUCCAAUGGGCCGUUGAUAUCGACAAGCAUGCCCUGGAAACCUACCAACUGAACUUUCAUGAGGUCGAGGUCGAGCAUUCCGACUUUUUCAGUUUUCUGACCAACGAUUCGAAAUUUUUGAGAGUUGACAUUGCACACUGCUCACCCCCUUGUCAAACCUGGUCACCAGCUCAUACUGUACCCUGCCCUCGCGAUGACGCCAACUCCGCGUGCGUAUUUUCGGCUGGCAGUCUGAUUCGAGAGUCACGCCCCCGGGUGUUGACUAUGGAGGAAACCAUGGGGUUGCCGCAGCGAUUUCCUGUUAUCUUCAACCGAGUUGUACUGGACAUGGUUGAAUUUGGAUAUUCUGUUCGCUGGUCAGUGUUGGGGUGUGACGAAUAUGGUGUGCCUCAGGAGCGGAAGAGGCUACUUCUCAUUGCUGCGGGACCCGGCGAAGUUCUGCCACAUUACGCCCAACCCACCCAUGGCGUGCCUGGUCACGGUCUACUUCCUCGAGAGACCAUUUCAUCCACCAUAGACAAUAUACCUCCUGAUGCUGACGAUCACAAUGUUGAAGGGGCACUGGCUCGGUGGGCUCUGAGCCACCGACCAUCGUUUAAUCGCCAUUCUCUAGCUAGGACCAUAACUUGCGGAGGCGGGGAAUAUAACUACCACCCCUCGGGCACCCGGCCCUAUACCAGUCGUGAGAUGGCCCUCUUGCAGACAUUUCCUCUAGACUUCCAAUUUACCGGGAGAUUCAUGCGCAAGCAAAUUGGGAAUGCCGUGCCCCCGCUUUUCGCCAAGGCUAUUUAUGGAGAGAUCGUCAAGUCUCUGCGUGAGACUGACACAGAGGAGGCCAUGGGAAUCCUCCACUGA